AUGGGACGUUCUUCAUCCGGUGGUGGAAGAGGACGUGUGACUCCUCAGAAAGUCAAGAGCAACUCGAGUUCAACAGUUGUGAAACAUCUAUUUUCAACGAAAGAUGAAAACGAUGGAAAGGCAAGAUUGUUGUACAAAGAUGCCAAAGAAAGAGUGAUUGACUACAUCCAAGCUUCUGGAAUGAAAUGUUCUGAAGACAUGGUGAAAUCAAUUCGAGAUGGAAAGUCGAUCGACUUCAAUGCAAUUGCUCCAAGAUUGAACGCUCCAACUCAAACUGAAGCUGUUGCAAGAGAAACAGAGAUGGCCCAAAACAAGAUUUUCUAUUCUGCAAAGCUCGACGAGAACAUGCGAAGAUCAGCAUACUUUGAGACAAACAAGAGAACCGUCAAAUCAAACAUUAUGCUUAAGUUUGUGACGAAGGCAAUGGAUAUCAAGCUUCAAGGUGAAGCCGAUUUCAUGACUACUCUUGAAGAUCUGAUCAAACUCUUGAAACGUAUUGAACAAUUCAUGAAGAAGAGUGCUGAUGCUGAGUAUGAUUUCUUGGAUUUCUGGGAAGCGAAUCAAAAGUUCUUUGCUAUGAAGCAUGUAACAACGGAAAACUUCAUGCAUUUCAAGGAACGAUUCUUGAGACAGGCUGAAGUCCUGCAAGAUCUAUAUGGCAUGGCCCGGUUCCAAAAUUUUGCAGUCAAGACGAAAGCGUAUGCUGCUAUUGCUAGCACCAAUACUGCUGCUUAA